CCAGCAGCGCGAGCAGCCACAGCGGCUGCUGGGCGAUGCCGCCGCCCCCGGUCUGCAUGGCCGCCGGGUUCUCCCCUGCAACAAGACACCCGUCAACAUGAAGCAGUGCGCUGAAGACAAGACACGCCCGCGCUGCAGUCUCUUGCUAAACACCAUGCCGGCCCUGCCGCCCAAUCCUGCCGCCGCCCCGCUUGGGCUCCUUCUCCUGCUCGCGGCGUGGGCGCCGACGGCCGUCGCCUGGCCCGCGGCCACCAGGACCAGGCUGGUGCAGGUGCAGGUGGUCUUCCGCCAUGGCGCCCGCACGCCCACCGCGCCCUACCCAAACGACCCCCACAAGGACUACGACUACAAGCCCUUCGGCCUGGGGCACCUCACCGCGCUCGGUCGUCACCAGGCGUACGUCCUCGGCCAGUGGCUGCGCUCGCGCUACGUGGACUCGGGGUGCGCGCCGGCCUCCGAGGGGGCGCUGCUAGACGCCGAGUACGCCGAGGGCGCGGUGCGCGUGACCGCGUCCGCCAUCGAGCGCACCCAGGAGAGCGCGGCCGCCGUCCUCGCGGGCCUCUUCCCGCCCGGCCCGUCGCAGACCUGGGGCGUCAGCGGCGUCGCGGGCCUGGGCCGCCUGUGGUUCCCCAUCGCGUACCGGGUCGUGCCGGCGGACCAGGAUCACGCCCUGGCCGGCACGGCGCCGUGCCCCGGCCGCCACCUCGCCAAAGAAGCGCUGAACAGCUCGGGGACCCUCCGCGAGCGCACGCUACGCGUCAUAGGCGGCCAGGACACCCUGGACUACAUCGAGAAGCACUCGGGCGUGGACCUGGACAGCGACCCGACCGCCCUGGGCACCGUGUUCUCGGCGCUACAGUGCCAGGAGCUCCUCAACAUGACGAUCCCCGAGUGGAGCGGGCGAGUGUACCCCGAGCCCCUCAAGUCCGCCACCAACGUGGCCCUCGAGUCGCACAGCUACACGCCGCUGCUGCGAAGACAGACCUACGGUGACCUGAUCGCCUGGCUGCUGAGCUCCGCCCGCGCCCACGAGACGGAGCCCCGGCUGCAGCUGUACUCGGCGCACGACGCGACCGUGACCGCCCUCAUCGCCGCCCUCGGCCUGCAGCCCCAGGAGGACGCGGGCUUCGGCAUCCCGGACUUCAGCGCGUGCGUCCUCCUCGAGCUGCACCAGGGCGCCGACGGAGCGCUCGGCCUCAAGUUCUUCUACCGGCGCGAGCCCGGCGGCCCGGUGGUGCGCAUGGUCCCCAAGGGCUGCGGCGCGCUGUGCCCGCUGGAGCGAUUCGAGAGGCUCGUCGAGGACGAGCUGCCACGACCCGGCGACUGCGACCUGCCGCCGCCGCCGGCCCGGGCAGCUCUGCAGGAGGGGGGCAGCUCGGAAACACGAGAGGACGAGGACGAGCUGACCUAACUCUGUACCGUCGCGUCCCGAAGGGGGCCGUCAAAGAAGUACCUGGCUGUGAAUAUUGCUCAAAAUAAAACAGAUACCUUGGCUGUGAA